AUGUCGUCUAGUUACUGGGAGUCAACCCAGCGGAAGUUCUGGACUUUCACAAAGCAAGAGCUGGCACUUGAACGAAAGAGAAUGGAAGAUGCAGAGAGGAACCUGGUCAACCUAUACCCCUUGCCAGAUCGGCGGCAUCUCAGCAUUUACUUUUCGCAUCAAUUGUCAAAAAUGGCAAGACCAUUGGGGAUUCGACAGCAAGCUCUGGCUACUGCUCAAGUAUACGUCCGACGCUUCUACGCCAAGGUAGAAAUCCGAAGGACAAAUCCAGCGCUCGUGCUGGCAACAGCGUUGUACCUAGCGUGUAAGAUGGAGGAAUGCCCGCAGCACAUCAGAAUGGUACUGGCAGAAGCACGGCAUUGCUGGGACACAUCCUUCAACGACGUCUCUAAGAUUGGCGAGUGCGAAUUCACGCUCAUCUCCGAGAUGAACUCGCAACUAAUUCUCCACCACCCAUACCGCAGCCUUGCGGAACUGCAGACCCAGUUCCAACUGACGCAAGAAGAGAAUGCUCUAGCAUGGUCUAUCAUCAACGAUCACUAUCUCACAGAUCUCCCGCUUCUUCACGCACCACAUGUCAUUGCCAUCACGGCGAUGUUCUUGGCAGUCGUCCUGAAGCCCAUCGGCUCACAGGUCAAUGCAGCCGGGAUGAACAACGCACUCCAGACGCUGGGCAAUGCACGCGGUGGACAAGGCAUGCAGGCGAGGAUACAAAAACUUGUUGACUGGCUUGCUGAGAGCAGUGUGGAUAUCGAGGCUGUUGUUGAGUGCACGCAGGAGCUGAUAUCGUUGUAUGAAGUGUGGGAGACGUAUACUGAUAAGACGUGCAAAGACCAGAUUGCGAAGUUUGUCAAGGCAAGGGGUCUGGAGAAGUAG